GACCUGUCUGCUUGUUUUUCCCAUGGUGACUGAACGUCUACCACAACCAUAACAGAGACUCUAGAUUCGCGUCAGAAGGGAUAAGUGUCCAUCAAGACACCGGAGGCACGUAAUGAACGUGGAUGGUUUUGUCGACGUUAAGACGUGGCCGUGAUUCCUGUGCUCCUCAGUCAGACACUGGGAAGGUAACUUAGCGUUAGCGGCCUACCGAACUUUGUUGCUGACGAGCUCGUCUGGGAUUUCCGAAAGACACAAGUUGGCGCAGCGAAAGACAGGGAGAGUUGCAGGGAUUCCAGCAUCCCUUAUCACCGUCUGGCCCUGAGAUGACAUCACAGCAGCCUCAUCUCCCCAAUGCUGUUUAUCCUCCCCAGCUUGCUCAGAACUCGUCUGCACAGCAGGCCCGGCCUCAUCUUCCGGCAAAUCAGCUGCACUCGAGCCAGAACAGUCCAAAUGCUGGGUCUCUGGAACACAGGGCACUGACUGGCAGGCCGGGGUGCUCCGGUGUGUCAACGUCCAGCGGAGAUGUUGCCAGCAGAAAUGUUUCUGCGACCAGCACCAACUCUAGCUUAUCCAGAAGAGAUGGGGGUUUUGAACCUUGGCCGGAGGAGGCAGUGGAUAACUCCCAUGGGCUGUACUCACUCCACCGCAUGUUUGACAUAGUUGGUGCCCAGCUAACACAUCGGGAUGUGAGGGUACUGUCGUUCCUGUUUGUUGACGUGAUUGAUGAGUAUGAGCGUGGUGGCAUCAGGAGCGGAAGGGAUUUUCUGCUGGCCCUAGAGCGCCAGGGUCGCUGUGAUGAGACCAACUUCCGGCACGUUCUCCAGCUUCUAAGGAUUAUCACCCGCCACGACCUUUUGCCUUAUGUCACACUCAGGAAACGACAAGCUGUGUGUCCAGACCCUGUCGAUAAAUACCUGGAAGAGACAUCAGUACGUUAUAUUUCACCAAGAGGAACAGCGCAGAGCAAGGUCACGGCACCCCAUAGAAGAACAGGUCGUCAGCCAGUCAUUUGCUGUUCCCCGUCAGGACCCCAUGUUGGCCCUCCCCGAAUAAAGCCAGCUCCCCCUGUACCAAAUCGCAAACGGAAGAGAAGUCAUUCCUCAGCUGACUGCAGAGAGAAGCAAACAUGUGAUAUCCGCCUCCGGGUUCGCGCUGAAUACUGCCAGCAUGAGUCUGCGCUUCAGGGAAACGUAUUCUCCAACAAACAAGAGGCAGUGGAGCGACAGUUUGAGCGCUUCAACCAGGCCAACACUAUCCUCAAAUCCCGAGACUUGGGCUCCAUCAUCUGCGACAUUAAGUUCUCCGAGCUCACCUACUUGGAUGCCUUCUGGAGAGACUACAUAAAUGGAUCCUUGCUAGAGGCCCUUAAAGGGGUAUUUAUCACAGAUUCCCUCAAACAGGCUGUAGGCCAUGAGGCUAUAAAACUAUUGGUCAACGUCGAUGAGGAAGACUACCAGGCUGGUCGACGCAAACUGCUCUGCAAUUUGGUCACAGGGGGAGGAAGCCCACCAGGAGGUAGCAAAGACACUGUAUCUUAGACCUACUCUCAUGGUGCAAGCAUAUGGGAAAGAUGAAGCUGUGCCUCCCACACAGGGAAUAAAGUAUCAUUUGAGGUGCCUGAAGUGGGUCACAGAGGAACUAUGGACUUCCAGUCACCCAAUUGAUUUCCUUGAGAGCUAAGUUCAUAGGAUUUCUAGUUGGCCACCAUGAGCGUAGCAUGCAAGCAAGUGAUUGGGAACUAUGUUGGCAAAGAAGUGCAUACAGGUUGGCAUUACCUUGUAUCCCAAGCUGUUCUUUUUCUUUAAGGAGCAGAAUGUUAAUCUCAUAUGUGGGUUGACUUUGACUAAUUUGUGGUUUCUAGUAUGUUAGCUCAUUGAAUCACAUUGUUAACUCUUUACUCCUGUUCCAAAGUGGAGUUACUGUAUGUUCAACCCAGAAAACAUGCUUAACACUGACGAGUUACUCCCAGUGGGAGUUGUAUGUUAUUGUCACACAGGUUUGUCCUUUUUCCAGGUUUUUCAGGUACAUUACAGAUGGAUUGGAUAAACCCAAUAAGAGAGUGUUAUGUAUGUUAUAGAAUGGUGCAGACCCCAAUUGACUCAGUUUGUCUCUUUCAGUUAGCUUACUGCCUGACUUUCCCCACACUUUGCAGGGUUGUCUUUUCUGUAAAGUUAAAUCCUGUCAAAGCAUAUGUAUGGCUCAUAUUUGGUUAAUGUCAACAUUAUCGUGUCUUAACUCAUUAUACGCAUUAUGGCUCAUUACAGCAGCUGGGAUUCUGGCCCAAUUUUAUGUUUUCAGCUGUCCAGUCACUGCCAAUAUUUAUUUGUGGGUCGCCCUAAUGUCUCCAAUGUGUCAUUCGCUGGUGUUUUGAAUUUGUAAACCAGUGCCAGUUUCAUUCAGCCUGCACUGCUGGACAUCUGUUCACUUACCUUCUCACUCCUAUUCAUUAGUGAUAUAACACUGAACCUAAAUGGUAACAAAUCAACAGCAAUUGAAAGUCACAGCAAGAAUGUGUGACGUCAUCUCAGUUGUGCAGGAGGCCAGAACAAAUGAAAAUAAUUCACAUGACUUGUUUGACUAAAGAAAAAGGCAUGUCACCCUGUAGCUGCACUCGCACAUUAAAGCCUAAGUAGUAUUCCUCUACAUAUAUGAUGAGGUUAUGGUCGAGUCCACUGGGUGGUGUGAGCAGUUGCCCUCAGUGACACCCUUCUCCCUCGGGAGGGGUGGCAUCUCCACAGCCAUUAGCAAACUGAGCAGGGGGAUCUCUUAAUAGGGAUCUGAAGCGGAAACAACAUUUGUGAGGACCAACAUAAUGGUGAGUUUCAGUAAACGUUAACACUCUGAUGUUCUUGUAGUGACACACCACUUACACAUUGCAGCUUGAAAUGCUAAUCAACCAAAAUUGGAAAGUUGUUUUUUUUAUCCAUUUACAGGAGACAUUACAUUUGGUAGGUGCCUGUAACAAGAAUGUGUUGGUAGUAUUCCUCGUCAUAGCUUUAAUUUUAGACGGUCAUAAUAUACACUUGCUGGCCAGGCACACCUUCCCAGUCCUGGGAAGGCCAUAGAAAACCAGAAUCUUUACAACAUGGAUCCACAAGAGAUUAGAGUUUGUGAUCCUGUUGAUGCAGUAGCUGUCCAUUUUGUGGCUGCAUACUCAUGCAACAAACCUCCCAUCUCACCAAGGAUUAUCUCUGUAUUUCUACAUUUAGUGACAAUAGCCUUUUAAUGAUGUGCUUCUACAUUUUCAGUGUUGUGAUUUGAAAAUGUAUUUUUGAAUUGGCACUGAACAUUUGCAUUCAAUCUAAAUGGUGAGUGGUGGAAUCAUACAGACACAGUUUCAAAACAUAAAAUUAGUUUAAAAAAAGUAAUUUCUUGUUAAAGUACUGAUUGUUGUUUAGAAAAAAUGUUUAAUAGCAACAAUAUAGUAUUAGCAUAAUGCUAAAGAAGAUUUAGAUUUUGUUACAUAAGUAGAUCAGAGACUGAUUUUAGAAACAUGCCUGUCUCUAGAGCUAAUAUUUGACUCUUCUGUUAAUCAGUGAUAUAGACAAAACAUACAUGCAGGCUCAUAUUCACUAGCAACAAAUGUGUACUUAGUAAAGAAUGAUUUGGACAGAGUUCUUCACGUGCAAUUCUUGCAUCCUGAUAUUUGUACUUACUACUUUACAAAUGAGCAUCUUUCUUUUUGCCAAACAUUUACCAAAUUUUGCCUCUGAUUUUAAAAUCUAACUUAACUUCAGUUUUUGAUCAGUUAGAUAAGUGAAAUUCAACCGUUUGCUUUUAUGUCCCCCCUUAAAGUUCAGUGUAUGUAUUAACCAAAUAUAUUCUUCCUGCUCAAGAAGCCCUAUCUUAUAUUUGCUGUCAUACCAUCCAUGGGUACAUGUGAGAACAUGCAAGUCAUGAUUGACAGGCCACUAUUACUCUGAAUUAUAUAGAGUUGGCCUGCCUUUUUAUAUUUUUACCCCAAUGGAAUUUCAAAAGGUUGCAAGUUAGUAUCUAUUAUAUAGGUUGGUGUAUGUUAUGUUGAUUAUAUGUUAUGUUAGUUGUUCAAUGCAGCGUUCUUUUAAGCAACAUUGCAUGUAACCUGUUAUGAUCUCCUGAAAUCUCAUAGAAACUCUCAGUGUUAAUAUUUGUAAAUAUCAUAUGAAUUUCCAGUUUUAUUAAUUCAGUUUUGCAUUUCUUUCAAAAAAAUUGGCAAGUAGGACUGUUUAAUAAGUGAAGCGGAUGGGUUUUGUUGAAGUUUUAUAUCACAGGACCAACGUCUUUGGUGGAAAACAGUGUACAUUUUCCAGAUAUGAAAAUAUAGUGGACAUAUUAAAACUGCUUCCUGAUAGAUCUUAUUGUGGGCAGCACAAUCAUUUCAUAAAUUAGGCCUAAACCUUAUAGGUUAUAAUCACUUUGAGACACAAACACUGUGUUUGAGGAAUUCCUUGAACACAUUUCCAGCUGUGCGCGAGAGCUUCUGGGUGCAUCUCAUUUCUGUUUUCCAUGUGUCCUCAUUCCCUUCACUCGCUUCACAGCUCUUCAAACUCACAACUGGAAGAAGGAAACAUCCAGGCAUCACAUUUUGUGUGGCAAACCAAGUUUACUUGUGCCAUGAAUGUCCCUGCAGAGACUUGAAUGUAAUGUACACAUUGUGAACCAUACUCUGUUGCUUUCAACCCACACGCUAAAUGAAACGAUAAAAGGUUUGGUGGUUAGUCCUGUUGACUUGUUUACCAAUAAAAGUAAAACGUUGCUGUGUUUCUAUUCGCCAUCGA